ACCCGGGCCGGCUCCCAACCCAGCCGCGAGGACCGGAAGCAGCUUCCGACCGGGCGCUUUCCCGGCAUCUUCCGGAAAACGCGGGGUCGCUCUUCCCCGUCGGGAGUCCAAAUGUCUGCAAAAUUGAGAAAGUCCUCACUCCAUCCACAACCUUCAGAGGAGUCUGACAGCAUUGUGAUAGUGAAGAUGGAAGAGGAAGAGCAGAUCUGUGAUCUGGACCCCAGCCUCCCCUGGAGCACCUCCUGCAGCCCAGAGACCUUCCACCAGCGGUUCAGGCACUUUGGCUACCAGGAGUCGCCUGGGCCCCGGGAGGCUCUGAACCGGCUCCGGGAGCUUUGCCAUCAGUGGCUGAGGCCCGAGGUGAACUCCAAGGAGCAGAUCCUGGAGCUGCUGGUGCUGGAGCAGUUCCUGGCCAUCCUGCCUGAGGAGCUGCAGGCCUGGCUGCGAGAACACCGGCCCAAGAACGGAGAGCAAGCCGUGACUAUGCUGGAGGAGCUGGAGAAAGAGCUUGACGGGCCAACUGAGCAGGUGUUUUUUGGACAAAAUGAGGACAUGCUUGCAGAGAAGUUGACACCUUGGGAAAUUCAUCGGGAAUCACCAAAUAGCCAGAUCAAGCCCAUUAAGAAGCAGCUGCCAUUAACAUCACAGGAGUUUCACUCAAGACAAAAAGGCAAGAGAGCUUCAGGAAUAACAUCCAGGAUCAAGUCAGGAAGAAAAAGGAAGUGGAGCUCCAGCAAUGACCAUCUCCUUUACUAGGAAAAGUAAAAGCUUUCCAAGAAUCCCCAGCAAAAUUCUGCUAUGUUUCCUUUUUGCAAAUGUGUUUCAGAAAGCAUGGGUUUUCAAUCUCUAGAGGGGAAGCAGCAGAACAGGUGGGGAUUGGGAAUGACAAUGGGUCAGCCAACAAUGUUUACUAUACUCCUUGGCCACCUCUUCAUGGGCAGAUGGCUAUGAUUUUGCCUCCUGCAUUACAGGGGGGAAAAAUAACUUAAAAAAACUCCCUGCCAUCAAAUUUGCCAACCUAUCUACACUUCGCCCAUCAUUUCCCAUCUUCAGAAUGAAAGAGGGGUCUCGCUGGCCCCUCGUCAUUCCUUCUCACCUCUGAAGGACCUUGGCUGCCAUUAGUAACUACCUAUCCCCUCUUCUAUUUCUUCAUCCUUUGCCUUCCUUGAGAAUGCAUCUCUUCAAUAUUUAAAGAUGGUGAUGUGACUGACCCUCCAACUCUAUACUUUUCUGGUACAUCCACAAAAUUUGAGAUGGUAGCUAAUCCCUGAGUGAGGGGGAGCAAAGUGACUUAGCUUUGACUUCAUAUGCUUCCAUUUCUUUCAACCAAAAUGAUCUUUCAAAAACAUAUGCUUGAUCAUGUCACUUCCUUGCUCAAAACAUACGCUUCCCAUUGCUUUUAAUAUACAGUUAGCUCCUAAAAGUUUUUGAGACUCUUCAUGAUCUGACCACAGCUUACCUCUUCAGUUUUAUCUCUUGCUAUUGCCUUCAUACUCUAUGCCAAAGAUAUUCUGAAUUUUCAGAAGUUCUCCUGCCUCCAGCCUUUGCAUGUGCUCCUUUUGAACUCUUAACAUCUGCUGCACUUAACUCCUAUGUAUUCAGAUUUUACCUUAGGCUUCUUCCAGGAAGCCUACCCUAACACUCUGAGAGUAGGCUGGGGACCACUACCACACCCUUCUAUUUGUUACAUAGCAGUCUGUUCUUACUGGUAUUUAUUACCCAAAAUAUUUUUAAAAUAUCAAGCUGCAAAUAUGGUCCCAAAGAAGAGGAGGAGGAGGAAUGAUACUUUGGGAAGAAAGAAGACAUGAGAUAAAUGAAAAGCCCUCUUGCCCCUGGUAAUGAUGAGGCAAAGAGAUCAGACACAGGUGUCCCUUCAUCUCUGCAGCCAAUCCCUGCAGAAAUGCCAGAGGGGAUUGAAAGGGGAGAGGACUGCACCCCCUUCCUAUUGAUUGCAUUGGAAAAGCAACUGCUGAAGAGACUUCCUAUUUUCCAACACUGAACUAUUGUAAAAAAUGGCAUUGUAGUGCUAGGCAAAGGGCCUCUACCAGCUAACAUCUCCAUGCCCAAUGGGGACCUUGGAAAAGAGCUGAUUGCACCACCUGGAGAGUUGGGACUGUUGCACAAACUUUGUGGAUCUUAUCACUAAGAGCUGCAGGACCCAGUGGGCCCAGAAUCAGCUGGGAGUCUCAGCCAUACCUUGCAGGGUGGUUAAAACUGAUGUGGGGACAAAUCACAAAGGAAGGGAUACUGGCUUCCCACCUAGUCAAAAGAACAGAUCAUUGGUUGCUAUAAAUUUGAUGAGCAAGCACAACAGCAGACCAACUGUGAAGACUGGAGACUAGAAAAGGACAGCAAGCCCAACUGAGACCUAAUCUAUAGUACUACCUCACCUAGUGUGAGUGAAACCCCCUUCCCAGGUAUCCAGAUGGCAGAAAAGGGCAGAGCAAGGAAUAGCCAUGUUAGGGAGUUGAACUUAAAAUGAAAUGAAUAAUUAAAUCCUUCCACUACCACCACCACCCACCCAAUGGGGUGGAGAUUCAAGAAGUAAAAACAUCAGUUAUAAGAAAUU